AUGCAAAAAUAUGAUGGAAGAGUUAAGAGAAAGCUAGUCCCUCACAACUCGGCCAUCCGGAACGGAUCCGUUCGUGAAUGGGCAUGGGAGCUGUUUCUCGACCUCCAGCUGCAUCCGUAUCCGGUCCGUUCGCGAACUCCGUAUCCUGUCCGAUUGCGAAUGUUGAAAAAACGGAUCCGUUCGCGAACUCAGAUUCGCGAAACUGCCCGUAACGGACCCGUUACGGAUAGAAAACCUAGUGGACACCGAAACGGAUCCGUUCGCAUUUUUACCUGUGUCGAAUCCGUCCAAGUCUAUGAGACGUUCGAUAAUUCAUUUCCAACUGGACCGCAUACUGCCACCACAAGAAAUACACAUUAUCUGCUCGCAAUAUCAUCGAUGAUGGCGAUUUUCUAA